AUGUCCGAUCCAGUGGGACGAGUAUUGUCGGCCAGUAUUGUGGACAUAAGCGCGCUGUUUCAGGCACUCGUGUCCCUUGACUCGAGCAUAAACGCUAAAUUCACAUUAUCGGAAUCAGGCGUAGAGGUGGUAACUUCGUCACCCGUGUCACAGGCCCAUGCAUAUCUGUAUGCCGGCAUGUUCGAUGUAUUUGACUUUCAUGCUCCAGAAAACUGGCUCGAGCGAGAGCAGCAGCGUGCUCCGGAGCCUGAUGCCGACGUGACGCUUCAGCCGUGUGUAUCGUUCGAAUUGCACAUGAAGAAGUUUAUCGAAGUCAUUAACGUACUUUCAACGCGUAAGAGCAUGACGAAAGAUCAAGCUACCAUGUUGAUCAAAUAUGAUGGCGUCGGAGAGCCACUGUACCUCGCAUUAAAACACCCGGGAGGAGGCGUCGCUUUUGAAAUGCGGACACUCGACAUGCCCAUCGUGGCUGAUAUUCCGUUCGAGUCAGAUAAGACGCAGGCGCAGUUGAUAAUGGAUUCAAACACGUUACUGCCAUAUUGGCGCGAAGCCGUUCAAAACGCCAAAGAUACCAUUCACAUCGCCUUUUAUCCAUCACACGGCGCAUCGAAGGGGCGCCUGGAGCUUAGCACGGAGAACGAGAUCGGCACGUCGGAUGUGGUGAUUCCAUACGACGACGCUAUUAUGGAAAAAUUUACUUGCCAUACACCGGUUCGGCGCAGAUAUCAACUGACACCCACGAAAGCCAUUGGACUCUCUGCCACCUUCUCCAACAAAACCUCUCUUCGAGUGGAUGUUAACGGCAUCCUUAGUGCGCAAUUCAUGAUACAGAGGACUGUACCCGUGACUGUGGCGCACACAGAUCCACAACUGUUUUUUGUCGAUCACAAAAUUUGUCCUCUCGAGUAG